CGAUACUAUGCCAAAAAUCUGUUGAUGUCAAUAAUUCGAGUUGUUAGGAUAAGACUAAUUAUGAAUCAUAUAUCACUCUCUUACGUGGAUAAUGUCAAGAACCAGUUAUUAACACACUCUCUCAAACGAAAGCCACCAUAUACGGGCUUGAAGUUUGCACAGGUCCGGACAGAACACCAUGUGCUUAACAGAAACAGAUGGGGUUAUCGGGAUUCGAACAAAAGACGACCUCUCGAUCACAUAAACCUCUGAUACCAUGUCAAGAACCAGUUGAUCCCAAUAAUUCGAGUUAUUGGGAGAGGUUCAUGUACCAUUUUAUUGACAGAUAACAUAAAAAAAAUAUAUGUGACAAGGGGAGCGGUUUGGCUAUAUAUAUAGCAAGUGGCAGAGAACGAUUUGCAUAGUUCUGGUCACUGCUGCUUUGCCCCAAAAAGAAGAGGAGGAAGAGAAGAGAUGGCCGCCACCGCCGUCGUCGCCGCCGCACUCAAAAGCGCUUCUGACCGGCGAACUAUGGAUUAUGACCCAACUGUGUGGGGUGACUUCUUCCUGACCCACGUCCCCCAAACUGUUGAGGUGGUGAAGGCUUGGGAGGAACAAAUCGAAGUGCUGAAGCCAGAUGUGAAGAGGAGAUUAUCAGCUCCGAUAGACCAUUUAGCAGAAAGGCCGAAUCUCAUCGAUGUAGUUGAGCGACUCGGCCUCGACUAUCAUUUUGAAGAAAAAAUCGACCAUGUCAUGCGACAGCUGGUUCAUCAAAACAACAAUAUUGACGAUACUGACGAUGAUCUCAACACUGUGGCGCUCCAUUUCAGACUGCUAAGGCAACACAGUUACAAUGCCCCAAGUGAUGUAUUCUACAAGUUCAAGACGAAUGGAGGAGGGUUCAAGGAAGAGAUGGUGAAUGACAUAGAAGGGAUGUUGAACUUGUAUGAAGCUGGAUAUCUAAGGAUCAAAGGGGAGGGUGUAUUGAACGAAGCUAUUGAGUUCACAAAGUCACAUCUGACUGCAAAAGCUGCCGAGUUAGAGUCCCCUCUCGCAGGCCGAAUCGCUCGUGCUUUGAAAAGACCGCUUCGGAAGGUAACAGAUAAGUGUGAGCACCUGUUUUUCAUCUCGUUUUACGAGAAGCUCGCGAGCCACGACCUAGCCCUCCUCAGACUGGCCAAGUUGAGCUUCAACGUGCUGCAUAAUUUGUACCAGACCGAGCUGCGAACUCUCACCAAGUGGUGGCUGAAGUUGGAUACUCCAACGAACCUGCCCUAUGCAAGAGACAAGCUGGUGGAGCGCUAUUUAUGGGCUUUGGGAGGACCGUGGGAGCCCAAGUAUUCUGUAGCCAGACAGUUGGCUGCCAAAAUGACUCAAUUCGGCACGCUAAUGGAUGAUGUAGACACCACAUUUUGUCCGGAACAUUCAUGCUAGUUAUAUAUAUACAUAAACAACUAAUUGUAGCAUCACAAUGAUAUUUGGGGAAGGAAGUUUGAAAUAAUUUGGUUAAGACUAGCAGUAGCAAGUCAAUAUGAACCCCGCUCAUAUACAAUCCAAGAAUCAAUUCGAAUGGACACGAGGAUAAGUACUAUUUUGAAGCUUAAUACGCUUUAGGUUUGGGUUUGAAUUUGAGCAUUGGUUUACAAUGCAUAGAAGAAAAGAACAAAUCAAUAAAUACAAAAAACAUACUUCGCCAUUUUAUUUCUUCCAUGAUACAUUUGAUCGGGAAUUACAUAGAUAACAAAGGAAAGAUAGUAAUUAAAUAUAUGCAAUUAAAAGACCACUCCUUUAUAAACCGUGGACCUGCAACAGAAGAGAAGAACUAGUCAGUUCUCAAACCCAUACACCAGGUCCACAAUUUAAGCCCAAACCAAAGUAGUUCAAGUCCAAGAAGUAUAAAGCCAGUUUCUUUUCAAGCCCAAACAUAAAUCAGAUCAGGCCCAACUCGGCCCAAACCCGACAGGCCCAACUCGGCCAACUGGUUCGAUCCAGAGACCAGCCCAACAAUCCGACCCAGACCAGUUUGGUCUAACCAAAUCCUAUCUACAACCGACCAGGCACACUCUUCAAAGUCAUAUUAAAAAAAAUUGGACGAAUCAAAUAGUGACAAGUGGCGGUUUGAUUUAGCUAUAAGUAGAGCUCUUCAGCUCUUGAUUUGGGGGGACGAAAAAAAGACAGAAUGAGAAAUUUCUAAACACACUGAUUUCUUCAUUACAACAGCAAACUCAGUCAAGAAAUCUCAGGGGAGCAGCAAUCAACGAAGUGUUCUUCGAGCAGAAAUCCCAACAAGGUUGGUGCUUUUAACUCUACUUCCAUGAUUCGCGAUUUAUUUCAUCUCAUCUAGCAUCGCUUUUACUCUAUCGUUGUAAUCGUCCAUCAACUUGCCUACUCAUAUUAAAACGAUUUACUUCGUGCAAACCCCUUUUCAUUCAAGCGCUCUAUUUAUUCAUACCAAGUUCACUCAUGUAAUUUCUUUUCGGAUUAAGAUGAGUUCAAUUAAGCGCCUCCAUGCUUUUACAUCAAUUUCUUAUUUAAGUUUUGUCGAUUGAUUAGAAUACUGACUAUAACAACUAACAGUAGAAAGUAAAGUAGACAAACUUUAAAGAACCAAAACCUUUUUCUCUUUCGUAUAUUGGGGGUUAUGAUAGGUGUGAUCUGGAUCCAAUAGGAUCACCCUACAUAAUUAUAUUUCAUAUUUCGAACUCCACUUUGGCAAAGUCACAAGCAGAGGCAGUGAUUUUUAGUUGCCAAAAUUAUCUAUUUUAGAGCAUAUUAAUUACUUCCCAGUUAUAGAAAAUUCAUUUUUUUUUCUUUUCUUUGUCAUUUUUAGAAAAAUCUAGCAUCCCACGAGUUACUUCUAAAAUUAUCCAUCAAACCACCAAGCAUGAAAACAUUCGAGAUCAUCAAACGCACAUACAACAUAUUUUCGAACCACAGAUCUGUAGGCUAAAUCUAAACCGCACACAAUCCUUUCCAUUUUUAUUUUUUCAGUUUAACCUCCCUAGUCAUACCAAAACCGAAGUUAGAAGAGCCUUACCCAGAUCUGGAUUUAUUUCUCAAACCUACAAAAAAGAACGAACUAAAUUAAUUAUUUUUGUUGAUAAUAAAAAUGAUAGAUUAACAUAUAUUAAGGAGCCGAAGUCCUACCUUUUUUUUUUUUUUUGGAGACGAAGAUCGUCAUCGGCAGGAUCUCGCCGCCGACCACAUCCAAAACACAAGAAAAUGAAAUAAAUAUUAGUCGAAUCC